UUAGACUGUAGCAUCUGGUACUCAAGUAGAGAAAUGAGAAAACCUUUCAUCUUGUCAUCAUCCCCAUCAUCCUUCCAAUCAUCACCGAGAUGACAAAACCUCCAUACCAGCAAUUCCAAAAGACUAAUAGCGACAUCAUUGAAGAAGUCUGUGUUAGGUCUGCAAACAAGACAAACACGGCCUUGACUAGUUUGCUCUUGCGGAACAACUCAAUUGGGAAUGAAGGAGCUCUGGCACUGUCAGAGGCACUCAAGACAAAUAUGACCUUGGCCAAUCUGGACUUGGGUUGCAACUCAAUUGAGAAUGAAGGAGCUCUGGCACUUUCAGAGACGCUCAAGACAAACACGGCCUUGACCAAUUUGAACUUGGGAUACAACUUAAUUGGGAAUGAAGGAACUCUGGCACUGUCAGAGGCACUCAAGACAAAUAUGACCUUGGCCAAUUUGGACUUGGGAUUCAACUCAAUUGGGAAAGAAGGAGCUCUGGCACUGUCAGAGGCACUCAAGACAAAUAUGACCUUGGCCAAUCUGGGCUUGGGUCGCAACUCAAUUGGGGAAGAAGGAGCUCUGGCACUGUCAGAGGCACUCAAGACAAAUAUGACCUUGACUAAUUUGAACUUGGGAUACAACUCAAUUGGGAAGGAAGGAGCUCUGGCACUUUCAGAGACGCUCAAGACAAACACGGCCUUGACCAAUUUGAACUUGGGAUACAACUUAAUUGGGAAUGAAGGAACUCUGGCACUGUCAGAGGCACUCAAGAAAAACACGGCCUUGACUAGUUUGCUCUUGCGGAACAACUCAAUUGGGAAUGAAGGAGCUCUGGCACUGUCAGAGGCACUCAAGACAAAUAUGACCUUGGCCAAUCUGGACUUGAAGGACAACUCAAUUGGGAAGGAAGGAGCUCUGGCAUUGUCAGAGGCACUCAAGACAAACACGACCUUGACUAAUUUGAACUUGAAGGACAACUCAAUUGGGAAGGAAGGAGCACUGGCACUUUCAGAGACGCUCAAGACAAACACGGCCUUGACCAAUUUGAACUUGGGAUACAACUUAAUUGGGAAAGAAGGAGCUCUGGCGCUUUCAGAGGCACUCAAGACAAAUACGACCUUGACCAAUUUGAACUUGAGAUACAACUUAAUUGGGAAAGAAGGAGCUCUGGCACUUUCAGAGGCACUCAAGACAAACACGGCCUUGACUAAUUUGAUCUUAUGGAACAACUCAAUUGGGAAUGAAGAAGCUCUGGCACUGUCAGAGGCACUCAAGACAAAUACGACCUUGACCAAUUUGAACUUGAGACACAACUCAAUUAGGAAAGAAGGAGCUCUGGCACUUUCAGAGGCACUCAAGACAAAUAUGACCUUGGCCAAUCUGGACUUGGAGGACAACUCAAUUGGGAAGGAAGGAGCUCUGGCACUUUCAGAGGCACUCAAGACAAACACGGCCUUGACUAGUUUGCUCUUGCGGGGCGAACCAAUUGGGACUGAAGGAGCUCUGGCACUGUCAGAGGCACUCAAGACAAAUACGACCUUGACCAAUUUGAACUUGGCCAAUCUGGGCUGGGAGGACAACUUAAUUGGGAAGGAAGGAGCUCUGGCACUGUCAGAGGCACUCAAGACAAAUACGACCUUGACUAAUUUGAACUUGGGAUACAACUCAAUUGGGAAGGAAGGAGCUCUGGCACUUUCAGAGGCACUCAAGACAAACACGGCCUUGACUAAUUUGAUCUUAUGGAACAACUCAAUUGGGAAGGAAGGAGCUCUGGCACUUUCCGAGGCACUCAAGACAAACACGACCUUGACCAAUUUGGACUUAGGGGAUAACUCAAUUGGGAAGGAAGGAGCUCUGGCACUGUCUGAGACGCUCAGAUGGAGAAAAGAACAGGACAGAACACGCAUAUUUGAAGUGCGUUAUUGAAAAGAGGAAUGAUUACAACCUGCAACAGGAAUGUAUUUCUCGAAUGCGAAGGAGGAUUCCUCCUAUCUCAUGCAUUAUUUUUGCACUUGCACAAUGUUCAUGUUACAAAGCUGACACCAUCAAGCAUUUCUACUUUGAAGUAAUAUCCUUUGUUAAUAAUGGCAGUAAUAAAAGAAUAAAACAAAAUAUGUAUUACAUUUGAACCUGUCUACGCCAAGAGUUAAGCAUAUCCUCCUUCACCUCCCCAACAACUUUUUUUUCUCAUUUGUUUAGAUGAUAG